CUCCUGCCGGUCCCGUCCACUUCCGUUCUCCACCCCCUCCCCAAAAUCCCCUCCCCCCCACCCCUCGCCGCCGGCGCUGUCGCGUCCUCCGCCGCCAGUCAUGGCCGCCGCGGGUCCCGGGCUCUACACCGAGAUCGGGAAGAAGGCCAGAGAUCUCCUCUACAAGGACUACCACACGGACCAGAAGUUCACGCUCACCACCUACGCCUCCAACGGAGCUGCCAUUACUGCUGCAAGCACAAGGAAAAAUGAAGCUAUCUUCAGUGAAAUCCAGAGCCAGCUGAAGCAUGAAAAUGUGACAGUGGAUGUGAAAGCAACUUCAGAAUCUACUGUGACGACUACAUUUACAAUUCAUGAGCUGUGCACACCAGGUCUGAAGGCAAUUUUAUGCAUUCCUUUCCCAUACCAGAAAUCAGCAAAGGCUGAACUCCAGUACUUGCACCACCAUGUUGGUGUCGCUGCUAGUGUUGGCCUGAAUGCAAACCCUGUUAUUAACUUUUCUGGUGUAUUCGGGACUAAAACUGUCGCUGUUGGUGCUGACGCUUCAUUUGAUACUUCAUCUGGGGACUUGACCAAAUACAAUGCUGGACUGAGCUACACUACUAGUGACUUUGUUGCUGCAGCCACUCUGAACAACAAGGGAGACAGCCUUGCUGCUUCCUACUACCACUUGGUGAAUUCAACCACAGCUGUUGGAGGAGAGCUGACUCAUAGCUUCUCAAGCAAUGAGAACACCCUCACCUUUGGGACACAGCACGCCCUGGACCCUCUGACCACUGUGAAGGCACGCUUCAACAACUAUGGCAUGGCAAGUGCGCUCAUCCAGCACGAAUGGAGGCCCAAGUCAUUGGUCACCAUCUCCACGGAGGUCGACACCAAGGCCAUCGAGAAGAGCUCCAAGGUUGGGCUCUCCCUGGUCCUUAAGCCCUGAGGGCGCCAGCUUCUGGUUUUAGGAUGUUAGCGUUUGUUAUCAGCAGCUGAAGUCCAGUAAACAAGCUUGGACUAAACUUGUAGGCUCAGCUUUGGUGCCGUGGGGUCUCAGAUCCCACAAACUCAAUUCAUUGCGUGUUACCCUGUUCUAGACUACUUGAGGGGUUUCUGCUUUUACCAGUUAAUUCGUGGUUCCAACUGCUCUGGCCAUUCACGGGCUUUUUGGUGGAAAACUUUGCCCAGACAUCUGAUUUUCAUGUUGUCUACCAUUGGAUCCUCAUCCCUUUUGGGUCGCCUCAUAAAUUCGGAGAAAG